AUGUCUUCUAAGCGCCUCGCAAACUACAUCGAACGGCUUCAGCCUACCCAUCUGAAGGCUUCCAAGCCAUCUGAUCGACCAUUCAACAAUGCGGCUGCAAAGAAUCCACCUCUUCUUCGACCUCGUGGUGUGAACCGCAUCCUUUUGUUUCCGGGAUCGUUCAACCCACCUCAUCAAGGACAUCUGAACCUACUCAAGCAUGUCUUCGAGAACGCAGGAGAAGACCUGAACAUCAUUGCAGCUAUCAUCAUUGUGACUGAUGAUGAUCGCCUUGAGAUGAAGAUGGAAAACAAGGACAACCCCAUCAUCCUCCCUCGCGAGAAGCGAGCAGCUCUUUGGCGUGGCAAUGGAAUCCCUGUGGAUUGGGCAUGGGUUUACGACAACACCGAAGUUAGCUGGGCUAGCUUCCGCAACAACCUCGUCAAAGACUUGAGAAAGGACCGCAUUCAACUCGAGUUUACCAUGCUCUGCGGCCCAGAUGCCAUCACCGGCGACGGCGGCUACAACUCCGAGUGCUGGGACUGUCGCGACGCAAUCACCAGUGAUAUCUCACGACCCGUCGACUUUCGCUAUCCAAACACUCUCAGGCAACUUGCUGGCUGCUCACCUUGGACAAAGUUGAACUACGAUCGAAUUCGAAUCGAGCAGCAGAUUCGAGCCAAUCUCAGUGGCCAACAAGCAUCAGGUAAGAUCCCUUUUCAAGACCACGAAGCGGAAGACGCUAAUCUUGAACAAGUUGUGCAAGCUGAGUUGGCCAAAAUCUUUAACAAGCUGAAUGCUGUCUAUGUUUGUCGUCAACAGCGAGCUAAAAAGAAGGGCACUGUCAGAUUCCUUCCUUGCAAUCUGGAGCGACGACCUACCAAUGCACCAAGCUCUACAAAGAUUCGAGAAAUUAUCGAGAGCUCGCCGCAGGAGGAGUUGGAGAAGAAUCUCGAAGGUGUGGCCCUUCAUCCCAAGUUGCUGGUGGAGUACCUGAAAGAUCUGCCUAAGCCUGUGAAGCGAGCUGUACCAAAGGAGACCGAGAAGGAGGAGAUUAAGAAGGAGCAGAAGUGGGAGAAUAUUAUCUGGUAG